GUCUGUCUCCAAUAUUUGACAAUUGAGGAAGUGGAACAGAUCAUCGAGCAAUUCAAAAGAUGCCCAUGGCCUGAGAAUAAACAGGUGCUGUGGAGCAGGGUGAACAGGACACAAGUCCAAGCAUGGGCAGAUCAACGAGGAAUUCAGACGCUCACCACCGCCAUGGGACCUUUGAUGGAUCACAGCAAUCCGCUGUGGUCACGAUCAGAGGAAAGACCCUCGGCAUGGUCUAAGUACGUGAAGGGAGCUUCUCUUGUCUUCGCGUGGCGUAUUUCCCAGGGUUCCUUCACCACUGUCCUGACUCCACCACCACCAGAACGAUUCCAUCCAGAUGGCCUUACCAACUGGCAAGACAUAGAGGAGCUCGUCCUCAAAGGACGUCUUGGCACUCCAACUUCAUGUCGGAUCUUUCUAGCUCAUCCAACAGUUCAAGGAGCCGAAGACUUCCGCUACCAGAUUUGGCCCUUAGACUCCACGGAUCAAUGG